AUGCCGCAGGGCAGAACACCAGGCUGCAUUAGCAUGAGCAUUGGUAAAGAUAUAUACCACUACGUAGGGCAGGAUAUUGUCAUUCAUGAGUCCAUAGACUCCUAUGGAGCAGUGAUGUGGCCAGGAGCGGUGGCUCUGUGCUCCUUUCUGGACAACAACAGGGAGAUGGUGAACCUGCAGGAAAAGGAGGUGCUGGAGCUGGGAGCAGGAACAGGACUGGUAACCAUUGUGGCCAGUCUGCUGGGAGCUUCAGUUACAGCUACAGACUUACCCGAGGUGUUGGGUAACCUCCGGGCCAAUGUGACAAGGAACACCAGGGGGAGAUGCAGGCACACGCCCCAGGUGGGAACUCUCACCUGGGGCUACGACCUGGAGAGCACCUACCCUGCAUCUGUGCAUCACUACGAUUACGUGCUUGCAGCCGAUGUGGUCUACCAUCACGACUUCCUGGAAGAGCUCCUGUUCACCAUGAAGCAUUUCUGCAAACCAGGAACAACUGUGAUCUGGGCCAACAAGGUCCGGUUUGAGUCUGAUCUGACAUUCACGGAGAACUUUAAAAAGGCUUUUCACACAAACCUGCUGCUUGAAGAUGAAGCGAUGAAGAUCUUCAUGGCAACAAGUAGAGAGUGA